AUGGCAGAGCAGAAUCACACCUGGGCAGCAGAGUUCAUUCUUGAGGGCCUGAGUGACCAAGCGGGGAUGAAGGCAGCCCUCUUCGUGCUGCUGCUGCUCAUCUACACUGUCACCCUUUUGGGCAACACGGGGAUAAUCGUAGUCAUCCGAGGUGACCCACGGCUCCACACAUCCAUGUACUUCUUCCUUGGCAGCCUCUCCAUUGUUGACAUCUGCUUCUCCUCUGUGAUUGCCCCCAGGACCUUGGCGAACUUCCUAUCAGAGAGGAAGACUAUUUCCUUCUCUGGCUGCAUGGGCCAAGCCUUCUUCUACAUCGUCUUUGUGACGACCGAGUGUUUCCUGCUGGCCGUCAUGGCGUACGACCGGUACGUGGCCAUCUGUAACCCCCUGCUCUAUUCCUCUGUUAUGACUCGGAGGUUGUGCAUGUGGCUGGUGGUGGGGUCCUACAUCGGGGGUGUCCUGAACUCCAUCAUACAGAUGACCUUCAUCAUCAGGCUGCCCUUCUGCCGCUCCAAUGUCAUCAACCACUUCUUCUGCGAUGUUCCUCCCCUCCUGGCUCUGUCCUGUGCCAGCACCUACAUCAAUGAGAUGAUCCUCUUCUCCUUGGCCGGCCUCAUUGAGCUCAGCACCAUCUCCACCAUCCUAGUCUCCUACAUCUUCAUCUCCUCUGCCAUCCUCAGGAUCCGUUCAGCUGAAGGCAGGCAAAAAGCCUUCUCCACCUGUGCGUCCCACCUGACGGUGGUGACCGUGUUGUAUGGGACAACAAUCUUUAUGUAUUUACGCCCCAGCUCUAGUCACACCCUGAACAAUGACAAAGUGGUCUCUGUCUUCUACACGGUGGUGAUCCCCAUGCUCAACCCCCUCAUCUACAGCCUGAGGAACCAGGAGGUGAAGGAUGCUCUGAGGAGAACAGCAGAAAGAAUCACAGCCAGGCUCUGA